AUGGAUGAACGUUCUAUCAAGCGAUCUAUUCUCAGUACGUCUGCUGACGAGAAAAGAAUAUACAAGUCAAGAAUUCAAAAGUUUUCCAAAUCACAUAAAUUAUACGUGCUAUUUUUCAUCUCUCUAGCAAUAUUACAAUUCAUUGCUAUCGCUUUCUUCAUUAAGGGAUUCCUAUUGACCAGAAAUGUUUUAGAAAAUGUAUCCACAUUAAAUGAUUACACUUCAAUACUUGAAUCAAACCCAAUAUUUAAUAAUCCAUCUGAUAUUGCGAAAUUCGAUAAAACCGUAAUCGUAGUCAUUGAUGCCCUAAGGUUUGAUUUUGUCAUUCCAGUUGAUGAAUCCAAUCCAAAUUACAAUCCAAAUUACCAUAACAAUUUUAAAGUCAUGUAUGAUCACUUCAAUGAGACAUCAAGUGCUGAUUCCUCGCUAUUAUUGAAAUUUAUAGCUGAUCCACCAACAACAACAUUACAAAGAUUAAAAGGUUUAACGACGGGCUCAUUACCCACAUUUAUAGACGCUGGUUCGAAUUUUGACGGGAGUGUCAUCGAAGAAGAUAACCUAAUCAAACAGAUGUAUUUGAACAAUAAGACCGUAUAUUUUGUCGGGGAUGAUACAUGGGAUUCAUUAUUCCAUCCAUUCUUAUCAUCAAAGAGCCAACCAUUUGAAUCAUUGAAUGUUUGGGAUUUAGAUACAGUUGAUAAUGGUGUCAUCUCAUAUUUUGAAAAGGAACUUAUAUCGAAGAAAAACAACCAAAAAGAAGAAAAAGAAUGGGAUGUAUUGAUUGGUCAUAUGUUAGGAAUGGAUCAUGUAGGUCAUAAGUACGGUCCUUCUCAUUUUUCAAUGAAGGAUAAACAAUUACAACUGAAUGAGUUCGUCACUAAAGUUAUAGAUUCACUAGAUGAAGACACUUUACUUGUUGUAAUGGGUGAUCAUGGUAUGGAUCAUACAGGAAACCAUGGCGGCGAUUCUCAAGAUGAAUUGGAAAGUACUUUGUUUUUAUUUUCGAAGAAACAGCAAAUGUGGAAUCUGGAUCCUGAUAAUCAAGAAACUUUAUACAACGUCAAUAAAUUGGGGAAACAUUACAGACAAGUAAACCAAAUCGAUCUUGUACCGACUUUAUCAUUACUUACAGGAUUACCUAUACCAUUUAAUAAUUUAGGUUGGCCUAUUAAGGAAAUUGCAAAGAAUUUUGACGAGGAUCGCUUUUAUACAAAGGCUAUCUUAAAUCAAUUGGAGAGGUAUACACAUACUAUAGGUAUCGAACCACCCACCCAAGAGAAGAAAAGAUUAUUAGAAGAAUUAUGGCAACAAGCUCAAAACGAUACCACGUUGGGUCAUGAUUAUCAAAUUGAGCUAUUACAAUUAUACAGAGACCUUUGGACGAAUUUCGAUUAUUAUAGUAUAGCCACAGGAAUAUGUCUCUUAACUAUAUCUGUUAUAUUAUUAGUUUCAGUGACAAAUUUAAUUCCAUCCAUUGUAGUAAAUCAAAUGGUAUCAGAAUUUGUACCUUCAAUCAUUAUAAUGACUCUAAUAUCUAAUGUCUGUUUCCAUGGUGUUUAUUAUGUGUUCCAUCAACCAUUGUUCAUUAAUAAUUACAUAUGGGGCACUUUGUUUGCUACAUCAAUCGGUAUCAUACUGGGUAUAUGUAUCCCAAUUUUUGACCGUUAUAACUUGAAAUGGUUAUUUACUAGAGUCAUCCAAGAUUUAUUAUCAGAUUAUUGGUCUCGUAUUGCUGCCACAUUCUUAAUAAUUCAUUCGUUGUUGUUUACAUCAAACUCUUUUACUAUAUGGGAAGAUAGAAUUGUCGGUUUCCUAAUAAUAACUUUCGGUAUGUUAACACUUUAUGAGUUUGUUUUUUUACCUAAUAGACAAUCAAGCAAUAAUAGUGGAUUAUUGACCGCUACAAUAAGUGAAAAUGAAGGUACAACAUCGGGAGUUAAUGCAUCUACGGCGAAUUCUAAUUCCUUACCUAUAACAAGAUUUGCGAGAUUGUUAGGUGGAUACCAUUCAAUUACGUUAAUCAUAUGUACCAGAUUAGCUUCUUUAAUAACUGUUUGCCGAGAGGAACAAGGAGAAUAUUGUGUACCCACUUUCACCACGAAAAAUAAUUAUUCCCUGUGGUGUCUAUCGCUAUGCUUUUUGAUUAUAUUCAUGAUUCCUGCAUGUAUUAAAGGAUAUUAUAAUUUAUCCUCAUCUUAUCAGGCUGCUGCACCAAUCUGGAUCGACGUGUUUCUAAAAGGUGUUCUCUUUGUUAAUUUCUUAUAUUGGGCAAUCACUGGCUUUGAAAAUACUAUACCAGAAUGGCAGUAUGAUUUGAAAAUUUUCAAAUUAACCAUCGCCCGAAUUGUCACAGGGUUUAGUCUUAUUGCAUCCAACGUUGGUUGGAUUAUGGGUCCUCUUUGUAUUAAAUUAAAUGUUCACAACACUGAUGUAAAAUCUCAUCAAGCAACCAUUUUAGGUUAUACAAACAUUUAUGGAUCUCAAUUCUUCCUGUUAAUAAUCAAUUCAUUAAUGAGCAUAAUCCUUUUCAUGAAACCAUUAGCCCAAUUAUCAUUAUUUUUAAUGUGUAAUCAAACUCUUUCCAUUUUAGAAAUCAUUGAUUUAUUAAAAUUAAGAGAAAACAUUAUUGGUCCCGUGGUAUUAGCGCUUGUUUCUUAUCAACAAUUUUUCACAACUGGUCAUCAAGCUACCAUACCAUCAAUUCAAUGGGAUGUUGGAUUUAUUUUAAGUGACAGUAUUACAUUCCCCCUGACGCAUUUAUCCUUGGCAUUAAAUACAUUUGGCCCACAAAUCAUAAUAGCGUUAAGUGUUGCAUUAUUAACGUUAUGGAAACAACCGCCAGAUGUUUUAAAACCACAAACAUUAUUGGGUAGAAUUGUCUCUAAUUGUGGUACAUUAAUCAUUUAUAAUACAAUAUUGUGUCUAAGUUCCUUUAUUUGGGUGACUUAUUUCCGUCGACACUUAAUGGUAUGGAAAAUUUUUUGUCCAAGAUUUUUAUUUGCUUGUGCUUCAUUAAUUGUUACGCAAAUUGUUAUUACAUUUGGUACUAUUGCAUUUGCAAGUGAGAGACUGAUUCGAAACAUUAAUGAUAUCUUUUGGAAAUGA